AUGGCCUCUCCGGAGAAGAUGCGCCCUGGGCCGGCCGCGCUGCUCUGCUGCCUCUGCUCCCUGCUGCUCUCCGCCCACGCCAAGGGACCAGCCCCGGGCACCGCCCCUGCGCCCACUGAGCCCCCCGGUGCCAUCACGCUGCCCGUGAGCUACCGCUUGUCCAACACCCGCUUGGCCUUCUUCCUCAAGGAGCUGGGAGCCAGCCCGGUGGGCAACGGCAGCGCCCCGCUGCAGCGCGCCGAGCCCUUCGUCGUCUUCCAGACCAAGGAGCUGCCCGUGCUCAACGUCACCCUGGGGCCCUUCAGCACGGGGCUGGUGCUGCCCAAGGAGCAGCUGCAGCCCUCCAGCACCCUGGAGGUGCCCGACCGCCUGACGGUGAACUGGAAGGUGCGCGCCUUCAUCGUCCAGCCGCGGCUGGUGGCCAGCCAGCCCGUGGUCCAAGUGCUCUUCUAUGUGGCCGGCCGGGACUGGGACGACUUCGACGUGGCCGACAGGCUGCCCUGCGUGCGGCUCCACGCUUUCCGCGACGCCCGGGAGGUCAGGAGCUCCUGCCGCCUGCGGGGCGCCCUGGCCAUGUGCCUGGUGCAAGCCGAGCUGCCCCGCGCCUGGUUCGGGCCCCCGGUGGCGGCGCCGCCGCCGGGCAGGCGGAAGGGCCAGGAGAGCCUGGAGGCGCCGGGAGAAAGCCAGCAAGCGGAGCUCUACUACACCCUGCACGCUCCCGACGGGGCCGGCCAGUGCCUGGGGGAGGUGGUGGCCCGGCGGGGGCCGGGGGCGGCCAGGACGGAGGGUCCCACGCAGCACCCGCUGCUGCGCAUCGGCAGCGUCAGCCUCCUGCAGCCGCCCCCCGGGCAGCCCAUGCAGGAGCACCGCCUGGACGGCAACGUCUUCAUCCGCCUGCCCGAUAAGCCCCUCAAGCCCGGGGAGGUGCUGAGCAUCCUCCUCUACCUGAUGUCCAACUCCACCGUGGAGCACUUCACCCUCAGGGUGAAGGCCAAGAAGGGUGUCAACCUGCUCAGCACCAAGUCGAGGAGUGGGCAGUGGCUGGUGAGCUCGGAGCUGCUGACGGGCGGCAAGCAUUCCACUGCCACCAUCGAUGUGGCCAGGGUGGAUGGUGCUGGGCCCAGGGAUGAGGACUUCUCCUCUGAGAUCAUGCAGCUGGAUUUUGAGAUGGAAAACUUCACCAGCCAGUCUGUGACACGCCGUAUCAUGUGGCACAUUGACUACCGGGGCCGCAACCCCCCGCCCGACCUGGAGAAGGUGGUGACAGAGCUGACAGUCAUCCAGAGGGACAUCAGGGCCAUCGUGCCCCUGGCCAUGGACACAGAAAUCAUCAACACAGCCAUCCUGACAGGGCGGACGGUGGCCAUUCCCGUGAAGGUCAUCGCCAUUGAGCUGAGCGGCGGCGUGGUGGAUGUCUCAACUAUGGUUGAGUGCAAGUCCAACAAUGAAGACAUCAUCAAGGUCUCCAGCAGCUGUGACUAUGUCUUCGUCAGUGGGAAGGAGUCGCAGGGCUCCAUGAGUGCCAGAGUCACCUUCACCUACGAGCACCUCUCUGCCCCCCUGGAGAUGACAGUCUGGGUGCCCAAGCUGCCACUGCACAUCGAGCUCUCAGAUGCCCGCUUGAGCCAAGUGAAGGGCUGGAGGGUGCCCAUCCUGCCGGACAGGAGGUCGGUGCGGGACAGUGAGCAUGAGGAGGACGAAGAGGAGCGGAAGCAGAACCGGGGCUGUGCCCUGCAGUACCAGCAUGCCACCCUGCAGGUCUUCACCCAGUUCCACACCACGGCAGCAGAGGGCACAGGGCAGGUGGUCACCAUGCUGGGGCCUGACUGGCUGGUGGAGGUCACUGACCUGGUCAGCGACUUCAUGCGCGUGGACGACCCGCGGGUGGCACACCUGGUGGACAGCUUCACGCUGGCAGGGAGGGAGCCGGGCACCACCCUCUUCAAGGUCGUGUCCCCCCUCGUGGAGGCGGUGCUGGGGGAGACGCUGGUGACAGUGGCAGAGGAGAAGGUCAGCAUCACAGACCUGAAGGCUCAGGUGGUCUCCAGCCUCUCCCUGUCCCUCCACCCCAGCCCUGGCAAUAGCCACACCAUCAUUGCCCGGACAUCUGUGCAGCAGACCCUCAGCUUCUUCAAGCAGGAAGCGAUCCUGAGCCUGUGGAUUUCCUACAGCGAUGGCACCACCGCUCCCCUCUCCCUCUACGACCCCAAGGACUACAACCUGGUGGUGAGCAGCCUGGACGAGAAGGUGGUGUCGGUGACCCAGGACCGGGCCUUCCCCUUGGUGGUGGCGGAGAGCGAGGGCGUGGGGGAGCUGCUGCGGGCGGAGCUGAUCAUCUGUGAGAGCUGCCAGAAGACCAAGCGCAAGAGUGUGCUCUUCACGGCCUUGGCCAGCGUCAGGGUCCACUUUGGCUCCGAGGAGGACCCCACCUAUGACUAUGACCACGUGCCCAGCAAGCCAGGGCUGGCGGAGGCCGGGGCGAGCACCACCCUGCGGGCAGAGGUGGAGAGGAAAGCGGAGCCGAGCGAGGGGGGUGGGAUUCCCGGCGCCUCCCACCCCACCCAGGACUUCCCCACCAUCCCCACCGGCUUUGUGCAGGUGACCAGGGGGCUGACGGACCUGGAGAUCGGGAUGUACGCCCUGCUGGGCGUCUUCUGCCUGGCCAUCUUGGUCUUCCUCAUCAACUGCAUCGUCUUUGUGCUGAAGUACCGGCACAAGCGCAUCCCGCCCGAGGGUCAGACCAACAUGGACCAUUCCCACCACUGGGUCUUCCUGGGCAACGGGCAGCCCUUGCGGGCUCACAAUGACCUCUCCCCCCAGCCCGAGAGCCCCGGGAACCCCCUGGAGAACGUCCAGACCUGCUGCCACGGGGACCACCACAGCAGCGGGAGCUCGCAGACCAGCGUGCAGAGCCAGGUGCAUGGCCGCGGGGACGGCUCCUCGGGGGGCUCCACGCGGGACCAGAGCGAGGACCCCCUCAACUCGCCCACCUCCAAACGGAAGCGGGUGAAGUUCACCACCUUCGCCACCCUGCCCUCCGACGAGCUGGCCUACAACUCCAUCCCCAUCGCCGACGAGGAGGACCUGGAGUGGGUCUGCCAGGACAUGGGGCUGCAGGACCCCGAGGAGCUUCACAACUACAUCUGCAGGAUCAAGGAGAUCGCUUAG